AUGGGAUUUGGGGCGUACGGAGUGGCCUUUCGACUGGCCGAUCCCACUGUGAGUGGACCUGGGGCUGCUACGUCUGGUACUGCAGAGGAGGGCUGCUAUGGGGGAACACCUGGGAUCUGGUCCUAUUAUGAGACGUGCCUCUACACGCAGGGAGGAGACCUGGAGUGGAUUUCAGAUCAGAGCGUUCCUUACGCAGUCACAGAUGGACAUUGGGUUGCAGUAUCGAUGCUAAGGUGUGUGGUAAAUACAACCUAA